UCGAUGCUUCCAAUUAGAUCGUUUUCAUGGUUACCAAACUGAGCAGGACCUCGAAAAAGCUGCAGUAGUGUUAAACAAGAACAGAGAGUUUAUAGCAGCUGUAGUGUUUAUGAAUGUUGGUGAGAAGAAUAAUUUGCGGGAAAAACGAGCGGUAGAAGAAACUGGACGAUUGCCCUCCCACAUUGAGUACAAAAUUAGAAUGGAUAUUGAUAAUGUUCCAACAACAAGAAAAAUAAAGGACAGAUUUUGGAGUCCUGGACCAAAUGACAACUUCAUGGAGAAUAUGAGAUAUUUUCGUGGUUUUGUACAAAUGCAGGAACUUCUAGACCAAACUAUAUUAUCAGUUCAUUCUGAAGGAAAUGACACUGAAUUGCCUAUAAAUUAUCUUCAGCAAUUUCCAUAUCCCUGUUAUAAAAAAGAUGGAUUUGGCUACUUUUUGAAAAGCAUGCUUCCUCCAGUAAUGAUCAUAGCGUGGAUAUUUUUAGUUGCUUUUCUUAUUCGUGAACGUGUCUUGGAACAAGAACUUCAUUUAGAACAGAUUUUAUAUGUGAUGGGACUUAAGCCAUUGGUUAGUUGGAUGGCAUGGUUUUUAUCAGGACUUGUUGUCCUUACCAGUGUUGUCAUCUGUGUUGUUGCUAUCCUUAAACUUGGAGGUAUUCUCCCCUAUUCUGACUGGUUGGUGGUCUUUAUCUUUUUAAUGGACUAUGCACUUGCUCUACUUAUGUUCUCCUACAUGAUGAGCGUUUUCUUCAAAAUUGCGACCAUUGCAGCAUUAACUGGCAUCAUUGCUUAUUUGUUAUCUUUCCUUCCAUUUGUGCUCAUUGUAACACUAGAAACCCACAUUGAGCUUUGGAAAAAACUGUUGAAUUGCUUGCUGAUGUCCACAUCUUUCUGCUAUGGAUGUCUAUAUUUCACAAGGUUUGAGAAACAGGGUGUUGGAAUCCAGUGGGAUAAUAUCUGGGAAAGCCCAAUGCCAGGAGAUUCCAUGAACUUUGCUUUGGCAUGUAUUAUGAUGUUAGUUGACAGUGUAGUGUAUUUUCUGGUGGCCUGGUAUGUUUCUACUGUGUGGCAUGCGGGUAACAAAGCCCGAAGACAACCAUGGUAUUUCUUUUUAACUCCACGGUAUUGGGGUUGUUGUCGACCUCGACGAGUAUAUAUUGUACCUCCAACUGUUCCAUUCAGUAUGAAUACUGGAGCCUAUUUAAUUCAAGAAAUAAAGAAUUUGGACAAUUGUGAAAUGGCCACUGGAACAACUGGUCAAGUUGGAAUAUCACUUCACAAUCUGCAUGUAGUUUACAAUGCUGGGCGAUCUUUUCAACAUACGGCAGUAGCAGGACUGACCCUUGAACUUUAUGAAGGUCACAUCACAACUCUACUGGGACAGAAUGGUGCUGGGAAGACAACCACCAUAAAUGUACUCACUGGUCAGCAGCAACCAACUUCAGGAGCAGCAUUUGUAUAUGGGAAAAUUUUACCAGAUGAAUUUUCAGGAGUUCAAAAACUACUUGGUUACUGUCCACAAUACAAUAUUUUGUUUGCAAGGCUUACUGUAAAGGAACAUCUACUGUUCUUUGCUAAACUAAAAGGAAUCCUUGAUGGGAAGAAAUUACAACAAGAUAUUGAUGAGAUGCUGCACAGCACAGGUCUUUGGAACCUUCAAGACACACAAGCUCAAUUUCUGUCAGGAGGAAUGCAGAGACGACUAUGUGUUGCUUUGGCUUUCGUUGGUGGAUCUAAGUUGAUUAUUCUGGAUGAACCAACAAGUAGUGUGGACCCUGUUGCUAGGAGAAAUAUUUGGGAUUUAAUUGUCAAAUAUAGACAUGGACGAACCAUUUUGCUGACCACUCAUCACAUGGAUGAAGCAGAUAUACUAAGUGAUCGUGUAGCAAUGAUUCACAGAGGUAAACUUCUUUGUUAUGGCUCACCCUUGUUGUUGAAGAGUCAGUUUGGUUGUGGAUAUCAGUUGACACUGUCUCAUCAUGGAUCCGACACAGAUCAUGAUAGUGAUUCUGGCAGGGCUUCAACCAAUGGAUCUGAUGUUGAUAGUUGUGACAUGAGUGGAGUGAUGGUUCUCAUCAAGUCAUUUGUUCCGACUGCUCAGUUACAAGAAGAUCAUGGCAGUGAAAUGAUCAUAAGCCUUCCACAACGUUCAUCAGAUGGCACACCAUACAACCUGUCUGGGCUGUUUACUCACCUUGAAGAAAAUCUACACAAGCUUGGGUUUGGAAGUUAUGGCUUGUCAAGCACAACUUUGGAAGAAGUAUUUCUAACACUCUGCACCUUGGAAGACUCAGAUGUUCCAUUCAUGAAAGCACAGGAACAACUGUCAAUAAAAAGUGGCUUACUAGUUCGUACAUCGAGUAACACUGAAAGUUUGUCUACUUGUUCUGAAGAAGAUGCACCUUUAGUGGAACUUAAUGUCAACUCUGAUCCGUGGGCUACCAAAUCCCUGAAUCUGGGCAGCAAAUGUCUACUAACAGGGCCCCAUCUAAAGCUUCAGCAGUUCAUUGCACUCUUGAUAAAACGUUGUUAUCACACCUACCGAGAUUGGAAGACUCUUAUGUGUGCUAUUGUUCUGCCUUGCUUAUUCAUUGCCAUUGCCAUGGGAUUUGCCACAAUCAAGCCAAUCAGAACUGCUGAACCAGCACUUCUACUGACACCUUCCAUGUAUGGACCCAAUGCAGCAUCUUUCAUUAGUCUGAAGAAAGGCGAACAAAACAUUGCCAAUGAUGUUAUCUCACAACUUCUGUCCCCACCAGGUAUAGGAACAAUGUGCAUGAGGCCUCCACCCAAAGGAAUGUCUUUACAGUGCAAGACCACAAAUUCUACAGUAUUUAAGAUGUCAAAAGAAAAUUCUAACAAGAAAAGAUAUAUUGGAAGUAAAAAUCAAUGUUCAUGCAGUAAAGAGAAAUACUGUGGAGUCCAAGAUUCUCUUAUUGACAAGACUCAGCCACUGUAUGAUACCAGAACAGAAGAUAUAAUUUACAACCUUACUGAUGUGGUCAUCAAUGAUUACCUUCUUAACACAUAUCCAGCAUUUAUUGAACAGCGGUAUGGUGGUUGGAGUGCAGAGAGAUCAGGAGAGAAUGCAGCAAUGAAGGUAUGGUUUGAAAAUUCUGGAUAUCAUGCUGUACCAGCAUACAUGAAUGCUCUCAGCAAUGCCAUCUUGAGGUAUAACAUGAAAGUUCAGGGUCAAGACCCAAGAGAGUUUGGUAUAACAGUCUACAACCAUCCUUUGCACUUGACGUCUGCACAGCUUAGUCGGGAAUCACUGCUUCAUCGUGUAGCAGAGGUUGGGAUUGCCCUGGUUUUUCUACUUGGCUUUGCCUUUAUUCCUUCAAGUUUUGUGGUUUAUUUGGUGCGAGAAAGAACCCAGGAAGAGAAGAGAUUACAGUUUGUUGGUGGUGUUGGACCAGCCCUCUACUGGUUCUCCUCCCUAAUUUGGGAUAUGUUUUUAGUUGUUAUAGCUGUUUGUUUGGCUGCAGUUAUCAUAGCUGGAUUUUCCUUGCCUGUUUAUGUCACAAAGCUCAACAUGCCAGCUGUUUUACUUCUGCUGUUGUUGUUUGGGUGGGCGAUGACUCCAUUAAUGUACCUUUUGGAGAAACUAUUCAAAGAAGCUAGCAUUGCCUUCAUGGUCCUUUACUGUAUCAACAUUUUCAUAGGCAUCAACAUCAUGGUUGCCAACUUGCUACUCACCAUCUUUGAAGUGGAUAAUAUGGCAGAUGAUGUGAUGGUAACUUUAAAAUACAUAGGUGUACUGUUUCCUCAGUAUGCACUCAUUGGUGGACUAGUUGAUCUUGCCAAAAAUCACAUCCAAGCAGAAAUAUUUGCUAUGUUUGGCCAAGAUACUUACAUCUCACCAUUCAGUAUGGAGCUUUUGGGGUAUCACUACAUUAUCCUAGCAGUUGAAGGCUUGAUCUUUUUUAUUCUGAAUCUAUUGCUGGAGUUACACUUCUUUAAUUGUUUGAAAAGUUUUCAACAUUCCAAACCUAGAGAUCCUCUUUUUACUGAAGAUAAUGAUGUGGCUGAAGAAAGGAAGAGAGUUAUGAGUGAAGCUAGUAAACAUGAUGUGCUGAAACUGGUUUCACUUUCCAAGGAGUUUCAAAGCAUUGCAGGAAGAAAUGUAGCUGUGGACAAUGUCAGUCUAGCCAUACCUAAAGGCGAGUGUUUUGGUUUGCUGGGUGUUAAUGGGGCAGGAAAAACAACACUGUUUAGAAUCUUGACAGGACAACUUGAAGCUACUUCAGGAAAUGUAUACAUCAAGAACAAAACGGUGGAAGAUAUUGUGUCUUGUAGCAACACUUUGUUAGGUUAUUGUCCUCAAGCUGAUGCAGUAGAUGACCUAUUGACACCUGAACAGCAUCUUGUUAUCUAUGCUAAGCUACGAGGAAUUCCACCUAAGGAUGUCGGAAAGGUGGUUCAGAAGGCCCUCAUAAAAUUUCAUCUUAAACUGUAUGCAAGUCGUAAAGUGGGAAAUCUUAGUCGUGGGACUAAGCGUAAACUUUGUUCUGCAAUUUCAAUGUUGGGAAAUCCCCAACUUAUACUCUUGGAUGAACCAACAAGUGGUAUGGAUCCCCUGACUAAACGAUUGGUAUGGAAUAAUGUACAACUGGCUGUCAAGGAUCAGAGAUCUGUGCUUUUUACAUCACAUAGUAUGGAAGAAUGUGACAUCCUCUGCUCGAGGUUGUCCAUUAUGGUGAAUGGAAAAUUGAAAUGUCUUGGUAGUCCACAUUAUCUUAAAUACAAACUUGGAACUGGUUACACCAUCACAAUACGAAUGGCUGAGAACAAAGCAGAUUGGGGUCCUGUCAUCAAUUUUAUCCACACCUUUUUUCCAACCAGCGUGUUGCGGGCACAUCAUUGUAAUAUGAUUGAAUUCAGUCUACCAACCAAGAAUGUUCCACUAUCUGUAAUUUUUGGGUGCCUAGAAGAGAAUGGAGAAGAAUUGGGAAUAAGGGACUUUUCUGUCAGUCAGACUACACUAGAUCAAGUGUUUGUCUCAUUUGCACGACAGCAGACUGAUGGUAUUGAAGAUGAAUUAUAUGAUUCAGAAUCUUGUGGAGUUAUUCAAACACCAGUGGCUGCGUAUAAUCCUACAUUGUAUGGAGUACCCAAAGAUGACACUGAUAAGAACAUUAGACUGUCAACUUUUACAAACACUUCAUACAUUUCUGAAGAAGAGCCAGAGUUUCAAACAAAUAGUUUAGUAAGGAAGUCAUCACAAUCUCCGUUUAGUAUGUACGAAGAUGGCCAUGAUUACCAAUCUACAAAGUUUUAGUUAAACUGUAAGAAGGUGUUCAAAGUUGUGAUUCAAUUAUUUAGUUUCGUUUCUUAUUGAACCAUUUAUAACUAAGGCUUUUCUUUACAUUGAAAAGUUUAUUUUUAACAAUAACUAAAUGACAAUGAUUUGUACAAUGACUGGACUUUUAUGUGACAAAACAAUUGUGGCCAAUAAUGUAAAAUUAUGCAAUGAUUAUGUUGCAAAAUUUAAAAUUAUGCCUAAUUUAUCUAAAGUAGAAAAACUUAGAACGAUAAAAUUAUGAAAUUUAAGAAGGAUGUGAGAUAUGUUAAUGCAAUUCCACCAUUAAUAUAAUUUUAACACUAAUUGUUUUCAGGAAGUAACAACAACAAACACUUUUAGACUUUUAGUAGUAUUUUGAUAAACCAUUAAUCAGACUGUCUGGGCAGCAACAAGAAACAAAAUGAGUCAAAACCAAGUCAAAAAUUAUAAAUUUGGUAACAUCUAAACUUGACUUUAUUAAGUCCAGAAAAAAAAUGCCAGGAAGGAUGACUGUAAUUGCAUUAAACCCUGGCUCUGUAUAUAAGAGUUAUUGGUAACCUAAAUUCUACGUUCAUUGUAACGUUAGGAUGAUACAUCAUAUACUAUUCUUGUGUAUUGUAUGAAAGAAAACUGUGUUUUGUUUUAAUAUUUUCUUAUGUAGAUAAUGAGUAGCUUGAAUGUUGUAUUAAUUUCAGGUAAGGUACUUCUAUAUCCCAAGGUUAUUUAUAACCAGUAUUCCAAAUUGUUGGAAAUGAAAAUAAAGAAAUUUUAUGAUUAUUUAUCUUUUAAAGCAAAAAAAUGGAAAGCUCCAUUAUCAUUUACGGAGUAAUUUCAGUGCCUUUAAUAAAACAGCCAACAAUGUUAUUCCCAAGUGAUUGAAUUAUAGAUGUAUUUUUGUGGUUUAUUUUAAAAUAUAUAUAUAUUUAUAUAACUUUGAGACUGCAGGUAAUAAAUUCUUGUUUGUACUUUUAAAAAUGUGAAACACAUUCAGAGUGCUGCAGGUUUUAUUCAUAUUUGAAUAACACUGUAUAUUUAAGAAAUUCUGGAUUUUUUUCUUUGGUUGAGAAAAUUCGAAAUAUAAUGAAAUGUCGCUUCUAACCGAAAAUCAAGUGUUAUCAAUUUUGCAAAGCAUCUUCAUUGAAAUUGAAAAAAAAAAAAA